CUUAGUUCCCUUAGCGUCUGCACUUGUGAGACACUGUGUGGUUCCUCUAAUUUUAGAGUUGUGAUGUGUGAGGCGGUUGAUUCUGUCAUGAUCAGGGUGGUUUUUGCCUGGGAAGCAGGAACUGGGCGGCUCUGAGGGGAGGGAGCAGGUUGAGCUCCUCCCAGGCCUUUGGGAAAACCCUGAGGGGGAAGCGGAGCGGGGACAGAGAGGCCGGAGUCGCGAUGCUGGAGCUGGUACCGGACCGAGAGUUUCUCUACAAGGAUGGGAGGGACGGACUCUCCAUCCGCCGGCGCUGGAAGCUGCUGGCCGGCCUUUUCUUCGCCUUGCUGGUCGCUGCUUACCUCGCCCUGGUGGGAUACUUCGCCGUUUAUAGGAACUUCUUCCCAGCCAAGGACUUUGAUGUAGGUGGAUCAUUCAGUCCAGGUGGGGACCUACUGGAGUACUUACUUCAACAGGGAAUGAUUGACAGGAAGGAUGGGCUGCUGGUUACAUGGCACCAUGCUGCAAAUAGCAAGAGUGAAAUGGAGGUGGCUUUGAAAGGCAGUGCAAUGGUAUUGGAAGCAGAUGUCAAUAUUGAAGGACUCAACACUCAAAACGAGACUGGUACCCCCAUCAUGGCUCACCCACCCAGUAUCUACAGUGACAAUACCUUGCAGGAAUGGCUGGAUGCAGUCAUCAGAUCCAAGAAAGGUAUCAAGCUGGAUUUUAAAAGCAUCGAUGUGGUGAACCCUUCCCUGGAUAUCCUGGUAAAGAAAUAUAAUGAAAUUCAUUUCAACCGGCCAGUCUGGCUAAAUGCUGACAUUCUGAUUGGCCCAAAUGUCCCAGGAUUUAUGCAACCUGUCAAUGCGUCCAGGUUCCUGAGUCUUAUUCAGAAAAAGUUCCCAAAUGUCAUCCUCUCCCCAAGCUGGAUGUCUCUGUACUUACCGGUGAUUGCAACUAAACCCUACACUCGAAAGAUGGUAGAGGAAAUGUACAAUUUGGUAAAGGGUUUACCACAACGUGUCACAUUCCCUGUCCGAGCUGUGUUGUUGAAGCGAGCUUGGCCACAUUUCAGUUGGCUACUCAGUCAGUCACCAAGGUACAGCCUUACUCUAUGGCAAGGAUCAAUUGAUCCUAUAACUGUGGAAGAUCUUUUAUUCUUCAGAGACAAUACCAACUUUGAGCAAAUCUAUUAUGACAUUUAUGAACCUGUUUUGUCAGAUUUCAAACAAAUUGCAUUGCAGACAAACCGAACCAGGAGGUUUUACCCCGGAGGGAAGCUUAUGGAUUAUUUCCCCCACCAAAAUCUUGACGAACUGCAGAUCAAAUGGUUUGAUAUCGGAUCCACAGAGCUUGAAUUGAUGGAAUUACUUCAAGGAAAUGUUGGAGGAAUGCUUAUUCUGAAUGUGAAGAGAAAAGCUAAUGAUGCCACUCCAGUGGUAGCAAGUUCGGAAAAGGGAUUGGAAUUUCCCUUGGAAUCAGCUCUAAAUUGGAUCUCAACUUCAUCCAAGCCUUGGGGCAUCUACUUGAAGAUAAAAUCCCAGGAAGCACUGGCCCCAACCUUAUAUCUGCUUGAACAGGUUUACACAGCACACCUUCUCUUCAAGCCUGUAUGGGUUAGCAUGGACCUCUCUUACGGUAGUUUUAGCACCCCUGGAUACAUUGAGGGAGAGCAAUUCAUCAAAACCAUCAAUGAAGUAUUUCCUUUUGUAACUAUAGCUCCUGGAUGGCCAAAAGAAGUGCUUACUCAUGGUUACACACAGCCAUUAGUAGAAGACAUGCUAAAUCUUUGCCGGGGACUGUGGCAAACAGUGUCCUUCCAGCUUCAGGCUGUCGCUCUGGGUGAAUCAUGGAAAGCCACCACUCAACUGCUGCAGGCUUCCCCUACCUACACUCUGACAGUGGAACAUCUACAUGAGCAAGGCAGCUACACUAAUGGGUUUCGGGGACUGAUAAACAUCCGAACAUACAGCACUCGCAGGAUUUAUUACCGCUUACCUCAAGAUUAUAGAAACAGUUUUUACAACGAUGUCUUCACAUCAUAAAAAGUUGUUUUGAGAGUCUUUGUAUGUUACUAACCAGUCCUGGUUAGCAGGCAAAUCAUUUUAAAGCUCUGAGCUAUAAGUUCUUACUUCUGAACCACAGAAAUUAUUAGCUACAUUUUGUAAUAUUUAUAAGCUACAACCUUAUCAACUUUCAAUAUUUUCUUAAUUUAGUACAGAUUAAAAUUUAAGAUUUUGAUACCAAAGAUAGUUUUCUAAAUAUUGAUUAUAAAACUUUGCAAAAAAGGCUGCCAGACAUGAGAGAUUGAGGUGUAUUUUGUUGAAGUGUUGCAAGCAGGUUUACUCAGUCAGGAAGUUGCAAUCAUAUUUCUCAGAUUUCCCAUGAAACAGAGACCUUGACCCUCUUUAACUCAUCUGCCCUCGUGAAGUAACAAGAAGUGCAAAUGAAAGCUUGCACAUCAUCUCACAAAUCGCUCAAGCAUCAGCUAUACACACAGUAGUGAUAAAUCUAAAUAGCAGACUGCAGUGCAACCUGUGGAUAUGUUAUGAUACUGAUUUCACACAAAUUCUUUGAAGCCAUAUGAUGCUUGACAUUACAAACCUGUUAACACAGACUGCCACUCGCUUUGGAUCCUAUGUGACCAACUUAGAUGAAUCUCUCAAAGUCCCAACAUUUAAGUAUGAAUUAUUCUAAGGUUUCUAAUUGUAAAACUCAAACAUUUUCAUAAACAUUGGCAGCUAUGGCUACAGGUUCAUGUUCCAUAUGUCUUACCUCUAUCACUCACUUGUCCCAUUCACUCAAGAGGCAGAAUCUCUCAUCUUGCUCUUUUGAUCAUCAAAUUUGGAUAAAAACAUCAGAUAAUGUUGGAGAAAACAAUAAUUUAGAACUAGGGAGAACAGGCUUAUAGCUCAUGCUCCCUCAGAAUCAAACUGUACGGUCCAUUUGGCAAACAAACUAGAUUGUUUUGUUACUCUAUUGAAGAUGCAUAAGUCAUUCAAGUUCCUCACAGUCAUACAGAGUAACCAGCAUGUUUUAGAAGCAAUUGGUCAUACAGCACAAACCUGCUUAAGAUCUGCAAAAGGUCAAUAUAUAUUAGAGCAUUUUAAAGAAGACUGGGGGCUCGUGAAACUAAUAGACAUUCAGUGAUGCUUUCAAAUUGUUCAGGACUACACAGCAAUUAGUGAUGCUCACUACUGUCUGCAUAAGACAUCAAUUUAUCCAUCAGUGUAACAUCCCAAUAUGUAAGAUACAUCAUGAAUAACUGUCAAAAUAUUAAUUUUGCUAGCAUUGAAAACUAAAGUCCUCAGAGAUAUCUAUUAGUGCAACACAAAAUGAAGCACUACAAAAUAUGAUGAAUUAGCUUUUGGUCUUGCUGGUCAUAUUGCAUGCAUGGUUUAAAAGUACUCAGGAUUAUUUACACAAAAUGCUAGUUCAUUUGAUAGAUAAUAGCUCAGGGGAGAGAUGAACUGACCAUAUGGACAUUAUUUGGACAUGCCUAUGUCAUUGGUAAUUGAAUAAAUUGAUAAUUGGUUUAUUAUAGCAUGAAGCGGGUAAAACAAAAUACUUUAGUCUCAGGUAAAGAGUCGAUUCAUUUUGUUCAUAGACCAGCAUCCUGGAGAACUUUUUAAGUGUCUGUUUCUCAUUGUAUUUUUGGUGAAAACAUCAUUUGGAAUGAUGUAAAUGGCUGAAUGUCAAAUGCAAUUGAGUCAAACAAUUUGAUGUCCUUUGUUUUAAUGCAUUAUUGAAAUAAUGUUGAACAGCAUAACCGAGGCUGACUUCUUCCCAAUAGCAGGUUGGGAUGGGGCAAGAAUGACACCGAUGUGUCUUGUAAAGCUGACCAGGAAGCAUACCCCAAGAUUCACCUUAAUAUUGAAUAUCAGCCCAAGGAGUGAACCAUUUGUGAUUUUGUUAUUGAGAGAAUAGGAAGGAAUGUAAUUACUGUAAAUGCCAUUUUUAUUUAAUACUUUUCAUCUGUCUAUUUGCUGUGUAAUAAACUAGAUGGUUGGUUUAUAGA